UUUUUGGAUUAUAUGUCUGUUGUAUAUUUAUAUGAAGUGCGCUGUUCAGAUUUGAAUUGUUUAUUGCUUAAAGAGUGCGGUUUCUGUUAGAUAAAUAGUGCUUUAGUGUAACAGCGUAGCAAGGGUGGUACAAGGAAAUAUGUAACCGCUGCAGUUUAAAAACUGACAGUUUCAGAUCGACAGUAGAAAAGCACAGUUCCAGCUGGGGAACCUGCGGAGUCAGUUUCAGCAGGAGGGUGGGGGAGGUGAAGAGAUGGAUCUGGUGACUGGGGAGGGCCAAGAUGCCCUCCCAGUCUUGGAGGGGGAGGUCUCGUCCUCGACGAGCGACGAGAGGGGGGCGGCGGGACCCGACCCCCUGGUGCCACCUCCGGAGGCCGGCGAACAGAUGGUGGUGUCCGAAGCCGGAGUGUUUCCCCAGCAGGGUUUGGAGGAGCAGGAGGUGGAAGAGGAAGUGCUGGAUGGCUCGGUGAUGGGUGACGUCGUAAGCGGGGUGCCGUCGCUGUCGCCGGACACGUCCGAAUCUGCUCUCGAGUUGUUGUGCCAGCCAUUUGAGCCCGGCCAGAGUGGUUUAGGUGAUCUUACGGUGGAGGGCCCUUCAGUGGAAGUAGCGACCGUGGAGGAGCUACUGUCGGAGGACGGCUGCAACAUUGACCCAGUGCUGGUGGGUGAUGGCGCUCUGGAUGAUGAGAGUGUCCUCAUCAGCACCACUGUGGGGGAGGCAGAGCUGGCAAUACUGCAAUGGGGCGAGGGCGACGACCAGGCCUGCGAGGAGGUGGUGGCUACAGCCGGUGCCAUUCCUACCAUUGGCUCAGAUGCACUCCUCUCCGACGACUCUCAGCAGUCACUAUCGAGCCAGCUGCUCGGGCGGGGAGACGAGGAUGGUGAUCCGGCGGUAGUUGCUGCCGGUAUCCGGCAUAUGUCCGGACUUCCACCAGACAGCACUACUGCCCCAGAAGCCAACAACAACACGAUCGAACGUUCACUGUUGGAGAUAUUUGCUACCGAAGAAGUGGUCUCGACAACUGGCAAUGGGAGUGACGAAGGCUCUGCAUCUGGCUCUGUGUCCCCUCUGGUGUCGACGAGCCACCAGCUACCAAUUUCGGGAGGAGUUUCCACCACCACCUUGCGUCCUUCAGCUGCAUCAUCACGGGUUUCAGCAUUGCUGUGUGACCAAUCUGCAAACUCGGGAAUUGUCCAGCGACCACUUAGACAGAGCCAAGAAGUGUACAUAUCAGUUUUGCCAGGACAGUCUGAUAACUCUGUCUCAGGUACGAGAGAUGAGAAUGUUGUGCAGCAAUUGCCAACGUCUGAGACUCGAGAUGGUCAGUGCACCCAGUCAGGGACACGAGACAACGAACUCGGUGCACAGCAGAUUGAAACUGGUGAAUGCAGCCAGUCCGGUAUUGCACAGGGUGCGCCAGGAAGCAGUUCUGCUGAUAGCCUGAAUGCUGUUAGCACACCUUCUGUGAGAAUCUCUGAAUCGGCCCAGGCGGACGAGUGUACACAGUCGAGAGCGAUGGACGCAGAUGCGGCAGUAAACACGAAUGUCGAAGUUCCGCAGGCAGAAGAAUGUACGCAGUCUGGAAUACCGAGAGGAAUGAUGAGGGUCCCCGAAUUGGUUCGAGAAGAGAGUAGUGACACCGGCAGAGCUGGAGACACUCAGGGAGACGAAUGCACUCAGUCUGAGGUGUCCGCCACAGAAUCGAGGAGCAGACACGAUUCCGACGGCUCAUCGGAGCACUAUGGUGGAAGAGAAUCCCACGAAGCGGUCACAGAGAGUAGCGAACACGUAGUACGGAUUGCCGCUGAGCCGAGCGAGCCUUUUGUAAGCAGUGUCAGGAUGCCAGAGGUGCCAGAUGUAUCGAAUACUGUAGCAGAACCCAGUGGAGUCGGCCGGGAUGAGGUGGUGCAGAGUGCGGCGGCAGAAUCGAGCGAAGGAGGAGAGAUCGUGCGGAGGAUGGCCGAACCAAGCAGUGAGACUGAAUUGUUAAGAACAAGGCCCAGUAACCGGCAAGAUAGUGCGAUCUGCAGUGCACUUCAGGAGCAGCCCAGCAGUUCGGGUCGGAGGAGAGAUUUUGUAGAAUCAGUUCAAGAUUACAGCCAAGUUGAGUGCUCUACAGGAAAGAGGCCACGUACUGGAGAAUCGAGCCCAGAUAGUCGUAUUUCACAGAGCUCGUCAUCAGUAGUUAAGAGAGACAAUGUGUCUUCGAGUGGCAACAGACAGUUUACAGGAAGUAAAGGCAGAAGUGGAGAUGUACCGUCUACACCGAGGUCUGGGGUCUCUAGUACGUCUACUACAUCAUCUGGAAGAGGUCAGGGUGGGGCCGGGAUAUCUAGCAGCUCUUCGGCACACAAACUUCCGUCUGGCACCAGAGCUGGCCCUUCGUCUACAGAGGGCGGCACGAGGCACCAUGGUGCUGGGCCUUCUGGCGUACGAGAAACUUCGGAAGCUUAUGCAAAGUUGUCUUCACCUGUUGGAAGUUCAAGAAGCGACAUCAAAGUUCCUGGAGUUUCAGGUAACGUGAGGCACAAAGGGAGUGGCGGAAUAGAUGGAGAGAAUCGAGGAAAUGCUGCAGGGAAGCCACAGGUGGCACAGGGAGCUUCCCAGAGCAGUAGCUCACUCGCUAGGUCACAACCUCAUGUUCAGAGGACAGAAUCUCCUUCAGAACGAGCCACAUUAAAUCCGCAAGCUACAGGCGUACUAAAGCUGCCUUCUAAGAGGCCUCUGACUGUGGAAGAUUCUAGUGGACCAUCAGAAGUGAAGCGGCGCCUGUCCAGUGAAACUGCUGCCGGGCCUACAGUGCCCUUGCUGUCGAUACCACUGCCUCCUGAGCAGGGAACUUUAUCGAAAACUUCACAAAAUGUGCAGUCGGCAGCAAAAGUGGCGGUUGUACCUACAGAUAGAGCUAGGCCUCCAGUGCCCUCACCACGACCUCAGAUUUCAACCAUUCAGCCACCAGUGUCUGCACACAGUAGUACAAUGCCUUCACCGGCACCGAGAUUUUCUGUGAAGGGGCCAGAACUACCCGCUUCGCAUAAACCGAUUUCGUUCACCUUGUCAAAAACUGGUCUGAAGAAAACAGUGGAACACCCAACAGGUGAAAGUGGCAGCUCUGCACAAUCUGCAGCAAGAUUACCUGAGAGAGCAUCCACUUUCCAGAAGAAAAAGGCUGCAGAUCAACCAGAAGAGCCUGAGGCAUUGAAGCCUGGAGCUUCUGACAGAGAUCCCUCAGAGCAGAAUAAAAGAGAAAUAGAACAGACUGAUGAGAAUGAGACCCAUAGGACUGGAGUUUCUGGAAGUAGUGAGCAAACCCCAGAGAAAAAAUUGGAAAAUGUUGUGGAAACAAUUGAAGUAUCUGAAAUUCCUUUGCCUGCUGGCAUUCCAGCACCUCGUGAACUUAAGGUACAAGCUGCUCCACCACCUGCUUCAGAAUCUACUUUUCAUAAUGUCACUGAUGUUGCAAGCGUUCCUCUUCCACCAGAAAAGCCGGUUUCUGGAAAGAAAGAUGUUUCACUGUCACUGGAUCUUGUCCCGUCGCUCGACGUGUCUGUAGAAGAGAUUCCCAUACCAGGAGAAACUGGGGAGGGUACAGAGCCAAGUUCAGCAACUGUAAAACAGGGAGAGAGAUCGCCAACGGGUAGAACCUCACAGGCAGAAAACUCAUCUUCUCAAACAGAAGGGAAGGUACUAUCUCGGCUAUCUAGUCCCUUUGACUUGGCUCCAUAUGACAUUCCGUUGCCACCAGUAGAAAAACACACUUCUCUUUCCUCCUCUCUGGCUAAGCCACAGUUGGGGGAAGCUGGGGCUGAACUCCAGAGUCCAGCAAAACCGUCUACAACACCAGAAUAUAAACAGUCAUCAGAUGAAAAAUUGGAAAGUGUUGCAGAAUCAGAUGAGCCCGGUCCUUCAUCGAACCAGGUAAAAAUGAACAUUUUGCAGUCUGCAGAAACUGAGGUGAAAUCACCAAGUGCAACUAACUUGCAAACUGUAGAUAAAUCUUCAGCUGCAGUUCCAAAAACUAAGGUGGAUAGUAGACACACACCUAGUGAUACAAGCAGCGCAGCUUCAAAAUCGGAUACAACUGCUAGUGUAAUUGAUGGAGAUGGCAAACAGAAUCCAAAUCUCAGCACCGAGGUCUCGCAGCCCUCUGCUCCAUUGACAGAAACUGUUCCUAGUGUUGAGCCCUCACAAGAUGACUUGCAAAAAACCUCUUCGGAACUGCGAUCAUUAAAAUCUGUUUUACCAGAAGUGAAGCCAGUUGCUAAGCUGAGGCCUGUUUCAUCCAACACUCCAGCAGUCGAAGAACCGGGCAUCGGAAUUGACAGUGACAGCAGAGACUCUCCACAAAUAGCAACUCGUGAAACUGCCUCACCACCACCUGCAGCUGACGAGUAUGUCAGUUUAUGUCAAACAGAAAACACUAGCUCUCCCAUAGAGGAAAAGAAGAACAAUAUCCCUUCUGAGGGAGAGAAAUCGGUGGAGGAUAAUGCCGGGAUCCAAAUUGAUACUGAGGCUAAAGAAGUAACUCUCCUUCAAAGCACCACCAAAGCGAGUACUUCUGUCUGUUCCACACAACGGUUAGAAAAUUCAUCUGUUGGUGAACGCCUCCCUGCAGAUCAGAACCUUGCCGAGGACUCCGAGAAGAGAAAGGUGCCAUUUGUAAAGGCCGAUGUCAAUUUAGAGCAGCCCAUUUCAGAUCCUACGCCUGGAGUACUCAAGACUAGGAAAGAUGACUGCCAGACUUCCCCAUUGGCACCUGCCCAUGCCAGUAGUGUGCCAAAAUCAGCUGUUUCCUCAGAAUCAAAAUUAGCCAAUUCAGGUGACAUAGUGAACAGAGAGGUUACACCAAGAAGUGAGUUGCCCAUUGGAGCUCCAGCCAGUCAAGUUGUAUCUCAUCCUCCUUUAGAGGAAACUGCAGUGCAGAAAAGAGAGCCUGCAUCAGAGGAGCCUCAAGCUGAGAAGCAGUUCGAUUCUUCUAUGGCCCCAUCUUCUGAAGGAAGUGAAAGAGAGAGGUUUUCAGACCUAAAAGAUGAGCAAACAGAGGGACCAGACAACACUGUUAAAGAUGACUCGAAAGGUAACACUGUGGAAGUGCAGAUGAUGCCAGAAAAGCCGGAGGAGAGUAUGAAGCUGGUCGCACCUGUCGAAAUGGCUGUGGGGCAGGACUCCCGUCUGGAAAAGAGCUCGAAAGAUUGUACCUCAGGGAAGAGUGUAAAAGUGCAAGAGGAUAAGCAGAAACAAAGUGAAGAUUCAUUAGCUGCAACGUCUGCUCAAAAUGACACUAAUUCUGAAACUGAAUUACAAAGUCAAGCUGAGGUGAAGCCUGCCCCACAGCAGGAGAAUUUGGAAAGCCAGAAGGAAACAUCUGCACAAAGCUCAUUUCAUGAAGCAGUCGGCAAGGGUGCAGUCUCAGCAGCCAGUCAAGAAGUGUCGAAAAAAGCUAUGGUGGAACUGUCUGUGGCAGAGAAGACACUUCAACGCAUGCAGCCUAUUAGGGACAAUUCAGGCCCUGCUGUGAAGGAGACAAAAGUUGAGAUGCCUGCUCCACUGACGUCUUCACCACAGAUGCGAAAACCUGCAAAUGUAGACAUGAAGAGACUUGGCGUCCCGAAGAAAAUGCCGGAAAAUAACUUGGCAGCUGUUGCGGCAGAGAAGAAUUUGGCCUCUAUAACAGAUUUGGGCAAGGGAAGAGGUCAGAAAAUGGACAUGCCAACUUCAGAAAGAAAGCUGAAAUCAGUUCACAUCCGUGGGUCUUCACCUUCUGCUGUACUGAGUGCAGAUGCGAAAACAAAGAUCCAGAAAAUUGGUAUUCAGAGGACUCCAUCUGAUGCCUCAUCUUCAAAAGCAACUGUUGAAACUCCCACAACUUCACAAACGACUACAAAGUUGGAAGUGCAAGGUAAAGCUGAACCCACUACAGCACAGACGACUCCAAAAUUGAAAGUGGUAGGUAGGCCUGAAGUGGUGAAAACCCCUUCUAGCCCUUCUGUACCCAAACGAGCAACAGAUAGUCACAGCAGCUCGUCUGUAACUGUGAAGAAAGAGGUUUCGAGGUCAUCGACAGGAGCUUCGCAGUCGUCAAAAGUAGGGAUGAUGGCUGUCAAGGUUCCUCCAUUUCGAGAACAGAUCAGAAGAACACAAACCGAGCAACAUGUAAAGCAAUCAUCUAGUGGUGUUUUGAAGUUACCUCUUAGUGGUUCACCCUCUAAAACAUCACAGGUUCAGACCUCAUCAAAAGUGCCACCACCUGAGGGUUCGGUACCACCGAGUGGCCAGUUAUCAUUGAGUCCGGCUCCAAGUAGAUUACCACCUGUGCAACCGCAAGGUCUUAAGUCAGCAGUGGAUAAAACUCGACAAACGCCAGUGGUGAAGAAAAUAAGUUUUGGGACUCCACCUUCUUUGGCAGAAAAGAAAAAGUUAACAAAUCUCCCUUUCCAGUCUGUUGGAAACACUAGUGCAGGGGCCUCCUCAGCACUGAAGGGGCUUGUCACUAAACCUGUUGGGGGCAGCGACAAGAGCCAGAAAAUAAAUUUCGGAAAGAAAGAACCCACAGAAGAGAGGACGGAAGUGAGCGGUGAACGUCAGCUGUCUGUAGACAAAAAAAUUGGCACAUAUGUACCGAAAAAAAGUACGCCGUCAUGUGUAUUGGUCCGUAAAAGCCCUUCAGUUCCAGAAAUGAAAGAAAUUGUGCCAGAAAGUUACUCGCCAUUAAAAAAGUCUGUAUCCAUGACUGAUUUCUCGUCCAGUGCAGCACGAGAAGAAAAUCCAGAUGUGCAGAGAUUUGCAGAAGUAGGUGGUGGUGCUAAGAAGCCAUCAAUCCGUAGUUUACACAGUGACACAACAGCUGCCAAGCAGUCAGAUGUGAAAUUCUCAUUUAAGGAGAAACAGGCGUCGCCAUCUAAGGCUGCACCCUCACUCUCGCAGCCGAGUUGUAUUAAAACUGCUGAGAAGCGGAAGAGUGCGGGAGAUGGGGUCAGUGUUCAAGGCAGUGAUAGUGCAAAAGUAGCAAAAGUGGUCUCAACUGUGCCCAAAGCACAAGGUACUGUGAAGGUGCAGAUGUUUGGAAUGAAGCAGAAAACUUUGGAAACCCCUUCAGUGUUAGGUGUCGAAAAAGAGUCGCAGAGUAAGUUCUUGAAGGAAGACUUGAAAGAUUCCUCAGAAAAAUGUGAUACUCAACAGGUAUCUAGUGAAGAAGCUACUGAAACAGCCAGUCUCACCCAAAAACCAGAAACUCUAGUAACAUCACCUGCCAAGGAGCUUAAGACUGGUGUGGAAACAGGAGUCAGCAAGGUUUUUAAAGAAAAAGAUGCACUGGAGGAAAUAGCUAUGGGGGAACAGUUUCUUCCUUCAUCAGUCACUGAAACAAAACCAGCUGAUGUGGACCCUGUGUGUCUGGACAUAUCACAAAAUGUUACAGACAGAAAAGCCACUACCAUUGUAAAACCACAAGUUACUGUAAAAGGAGAGAAACUUUUUGAAAGCUUGUCCAAGGAAAAGAAAAUUGUUACUGCUGAAAUAAGUAGAACAGAGCACCACUCAGUAACUAAGAAAUCUCCGUUCAAAUCACAAGUUGUAGAGCCAUCUGUUACAAAGCUGCUGACAGCUGAUGCAGAAAGGCUUCAAAGUACAUCAGCUGCAAAUACAGGAUCAUUUUUAAAUAAACAGAAGCCCUCUAUUGUUGCACCUAGAGCUCUGAAACAGUUGAUGGAUGCUUAUGGUGAUGAGGAGUCACAGGAUUCUGAAGAGCUUUCUGAAAUAUAUUCAGAGAAAUCAAGCUCUUAUGGCCAAUCAAUUGAAGAAAAGGUCUCUGACAAAAUUUCUCAAGACUUUGCAUACAAGUUGGUUGAGAAAUCUGUCAAAGUAGAUGCAACUUCAUCUCAAAAAAUUCAGAGUGUACAAGGGAGUAAAGGAACAGAAGAGGGCGAAAACAUCUCGACCAGUCCUGGACCUAAGUCCUCCAUUGAUUUACUGGAAGGUAGGGUUAUACAAGGAGCACCAGUUGUCUCCCAAGCAUUACUGCCUUUGGAACAGAAACAAAAAACCGAUGGUGUGCCGAAGGCAAAAAGGCAGCUUCCUGAAAAAGUUGCAGUAAAUAAAUCGGGUACAAUUAGUUCUGUACUCCCAGCUUCAAGUAUCAGUAAAGAGAAGGAUAAAACAUCACAGCAGGAUAAAGUGGAGAUCAGUGAGGUCACUGUAGAUAUAGAUUGCCCGUCCACAAGUUCAUUGGAAGCAUCACCAACUAUUGGUAAAAGGAAACCACCGUCAACUGUAAUUGAGAGUGAAUCAGAUGUUUUGCAGAAAAUGUCAGCAUUUAAUGAGCAGGCAAAUGUCUCUUCUCCAAUAGUUGAAAGUAAGGAACCUAAAAAAACAAAACUUUCAGUGGCAGGUGCAAAAGAAACUGAUGAAGCUGUGUCAAAAAAAACACAAAAUAUACAACCCUCUGCAAUGGAUAAUACAGACAUUAUGUUGACAGAACCCUCAAAGACAGACAUUUCUAAAUCAGCUGAUAAAAUGCAACCAGAGUUGAUUGACAGCAAGGGACAGGAAGACAAAACGAAGUCAAGUGUGGUGGUGUUUGAAGACAUAUCUCCAUUAGUUGAAGAAUUGGUUAAAAAGGCUGUAGCUGAAAAGAAGGAUCCUGAAUCAAAUUUAAAAAUUAUCUCAGAAACUCUUGGAGAUAAGAAAGAGCACGCUGUAGUAAAAGAAAAGAAUACUGAGGGUUCUGAUGCUCCUUCUGAUAAUAGAAAAGUGCCAGAGACAGUAAAGGUGACAUCAAAGGAGAAAUCAGAAAAGGGUCCGAAAGAAAACAAGGAGAAAACUCCAAUGCCACAGAAUGACAAUGAAACAGGAACUUCACCAUCUGAGGCAGAUGUUAAAUCAAAGACUUCAGAGCAAUCUAGUAAAUGUGACACAAAAGUAAGUGAAGCUGAAACAGUGAGUGCAGGAGCGGGUCAACCUAAGGAGAUAGUUCCAGAACCAACUCGAGAAUCAUCUGAAGAAACAGACUGCAGGAAAAGUACUUCAGUGGUGACAUCUGUCAAACAAAAAUGUGAAACUUCAGCAUCAGUACCUGAACGUAAAUGUUCCACAGAUGGACCAAAGGCACCUCCAAGGCGCACUGAACCAAAGGCUAGCACGAUACAUGCAGAACAAUGUUUCCCUCAGAUAAUGGAACAGAAAACUGAGCCUUUGAAAAGAAAGCAAACAGUUGUUGAGAAGCUGCAGAAAGCUGCUGUUGUGGAAGCAAAAGGCGCAAUAAAACGACCUGAAAUGAGGCUCAGUGUUCAGUCUGUGAAGGAGGAAACUGAAAUUAAUUCCAGAGCCAGGAAGGAAAUGCUGAGCACACUAGUGCAAGCUAAUGAAUCACAUAAAAGUCCUCCAGAAACAGAGAAUGUGCAAAUGAAAGAAGAAACUAGAGAGCCAUUGCCAGCAACAGAAGCAAAGGACACUGUUAUCAAAGCUGAAAUGAAACAUAGUGCUCAUCCUACAGGUAGAAAGCUGACUCUUCCACUGGAAGAAACAGAAAGUCAUUCUGCAGAUGCUAAAGAAAAACUGAGUACUCUGUCUCCAACAGGUAAAGUGGAGAGAAUUCCAUCAGGGCCUGCUGAUAGAGAAGCUAAAGCUAAUCUAAAACCAUUGCCACCAAAAACUGAAUCGCUUGCUCCUGAAGCUGAAUUAAAAUCAGUUGAACAAUCACAAGAAGAGAAGUGGCCAGCAUCCCCAACCAAAGUUGAAAUUAGGUCUGCUAUCACCAUGGAAAAAUUGAGAGUGUUACCAGCCCAAACUAUUGAAAAAAUUCCACAAAAGAGUAUGGAUGUGAGAAUGGAAGCAAUUCAGAAUGCAACUAAAGAAAAAAUAUUUGGGUCUGAAUUAAAAACUGAUGCUGUGCCUGUGGAGCAAAAGAGGGCAAUGGUGGCACGGAAAAGUGAAAUUAGUCAUUUCGUUGCCAAAGAAAAUGUUAGCACCUUACCAGCGAUAGAUGCAACAGAAAAAAAAUUGCCAAAAAUCUCUGGCACUAAAGUAAUUGAAGGGAAGCAAAAACCAAUUUACACAGAGGUAAAAUCAACUGUACCUAAACUUGAAUUGAAACCAAAAGGGCAUCAUGAAAAGAUUCAGAUGCCUCAGUCAUCAAAACCAGGCGUUCUUAAGUCUGGAUCAGUGAAGGAAAAUCCUAUAACAAUAUCACAUGCAAGCAAAAUGGGGAAAAUUUCAUCUGAAAGUUCUGAUACUGAAAUGGCCAAAGAAAAACAGACAUCUGUUCCAAAACAGGUUAAAGCAUCAGUGCCCAGUUCUGAAUUAAAAUCUGCUGCACUGCACAAAAAAGAAGAGGUGGAAUCUUCCUCCAAAAAGAAAACAGAAACUAAGUCUGAUACUGUUGAGGAGAAAGCAAGUCUGUCAUUGAUGAAAGCUCUCAGCACAGAUUCUGUAGACAGAGUUGAAAACAACUCAGUUAUACAAACCACAGAAGUUUCUGAGAAGCUUGAUAAUGUUUCUCUAACAGUAAGACCACCCGUUUUGUCACCAUCAGAACAGAGAAAACCACAAACUGGUGAAAAAGAAAUAAUUAAACAGAAGAAUGGCUCAAAGGAGCAAAGGGAGAAAGAAGACAAGACUGAGAGUCAAAUACCAGCUGCCAUUAAAGAAGAUUCUUUGAGUGUAACUGUAGGCUCAAAAGAUCCAGAGUUAAUUUCUUCUCUGACAAAUCUGAAUGUUACCUCUACAAGCAAAAUAGAUAAUAAGGGGAUGCCUUUGGUUAAGGACGGGGGUAGUUCAGAAAUAAGUACAUCAGAAACUCUUGUUGUCUGUUCAGAGGACGUUUCACAUAAAGUCAUGCCGGAGGUGUCUGCUAAGAAAAUUGAAACAGAGCAAGGUGCUAGUAUGAAAGAACGGCAAAUAACAGGGUCUUCAGUGUCAAGCUGGAAACCAGUUGCUUCAAAAGGGGUUUCUGAUCUUCAUGAGUUAACUGAGACAGAAAGAGUGGAGAAGCUUCUGCCCAAAACAGAGGAAGAAAAGUUAGUUCCAGAUAGUGUGAGGGGUGAAGCAACAAAGCCUGCAACAAAUCUUGCAGCUCUCAAGGGAAAGCCACAAACUUCCAAAGAAACAGAAACAAUAACUGAAUAUGCUCAAGCGACCAACACGACAGCUGUUGAGGACAGAAUGAAGACCAAACCUGAAGACAUUUGUGGUGGUCAAGAGAAAUCGGUGAAAAUGUCAGAGGAUGUAACUGCCGUGUUGUCUUCAAAGGAGUCUUUGAAUAAAGAAAGAUUGAAGGAUGCUGCAGAGAAACUUAAAGUUGAAACUAAAUUAGAGGAAAAGAAAGGUGAAAGAAGUAAAAUAGAAGAGACGGUGUUGAAAACAAAGGAAGAUGACAAUGUCUCAAAGUCUGAUGAGAAAUCUGCUGAAGCAAAGUAUGAUGACAAAGGAGAUUUUAAGUUAAGAUAUGCUGAGGUUAAACAUUCAGCAUCUGGCCCACUUAUGGUAAAUACAGACGUCUGUGUUACUAAAGAUAAGAAACAGACCACAAAUGAGACAGAGACGAUAACCAUCACAAAGAAUGAAAAAGCAGAUGUAGUGAAAGGUAAGCCUAGUGUGUUGAAGGUAUUUGCAGGGAAAAAGUUUCUACAGGAAAGUGUUGUGACUGAAAAAAGUGAUGAAAAAGAAGAUACUGAUUCUCAUGAAACAAGUGAUGACUUGAAAUUUGUUGACAAACAUGAGGAAGUCACCACAGGUGAUGAAAAGGCUUUAGAAGUGUUAAAACCUUCGCCUGAAGCUUCUGUUGUAGUUGAGAAAGCUGAGGGUAAGCGUUUUCUGUUGGACAAUGUGCCCAAAGUUGAUACUGAAGAGAAACUGAAGCACUCUGAAAAAACCCUAAAGAAGGUUGUAAGCUUAGAGGAGGCUCUGCCAUCAGAUGAAGGUCAAGAAAAGAAAACAGAUUCACACAUGAAGGAUUCCAAGUUGGUGGGUGAAGAGAAAUUGACAGAUACUUCAAUUUUGAAGGAUACAGAGAGCACUGGUAAGCAAGUUGACACAGCAGUAACAAAGUCUGAUUCAUCACUUGAACACAGUGGAAGCAAAGCAGAUAAGUCUGGGAAGAAGUCAGUCAAUGAGAAGGAAAUUGCUCGAGAAGAAUCACUCGAUCGAGCACAGUUGGCCAAAAAUAAAAAAGGCUUUGUACAAACUAAAGAGCCUGUGAGUAGGAAACAGGAAGAGGAUAAAUUGAGGAAGAAACCAGCUGAUGAGAAGGAAGAUGCUCAACAACUUGGACCUCAUCGUACUGCUGAAAAUAAACAGAAAGAGGAUAAAUUAGCAAAGAAAUUGAUAGACCAGAAGGAAUAUUCUCAGGAACUCAGACCGGAACAAGCCACUGAAAAUAAACAGGAAGAGGAUAAGCCAGAAAAGAAACCAGUCGACAAGAAAAAAGGUGACCAAGAACUCACGCCAGAUCGCACCACUGAAAAUAAACAGGAAGAGAAAGACAAAUUGGGAAAGAAACUAGUUGACAAGAAGGAAAUUAAUCAAGAACUCAAAGAUCAGGCUAUUGAAAAUAAACAGGAAGAGGAUAAGCCAGCAAAGAAGCCAGCUGACAAGAAAAAAGGUGACAAAGAAGUCAGACCAGAUCAGAUCAGUGAUGACAAACAGGAAGAGGGGGGCAAAUCGAUAAAGAAACCAGUCAGCAAGGAGGAAGUUAGUCAAAGACCAGUUCAGGCUACUGAAGAUAAACAGCAAGGUGACAGGUCAGUAAAGAAACCGGCUGACAAGAAAAAAGGCGACCAAGAGAUCAGACCUGGUCAAGCCACUGAAAAUAAACAGGAAGAGGAGGACAAAUUGGAAAAGAAACCGGUUGACAAGAGGGAAUUUAGUCAAGAACUCGGAGAAGAUCAGGCUACUGGAACAAAAAGGCUAGAGGGUAAGUCAGGAAAGAAACCAGCUGACAACAAGAAAGGCAACCAAGAACUCAGGGUAGAUUAUAUCCCUGAAAAUAAACAUGAAGGGAAGGACAAAUCUACAAAGAAACCAAUUGACAAGGAGGAAGUCAUUCAAGAACUCGGAGAAAAUCACACUACUGAAAGUGAACAAAAAGUGAAUACGUCAGUAAAGAAACCAGUUGACGAGAAAAAAGGUGAACAAGAUCUCAGACCAGAUCAGAUCACUGAAAAUAAACAGGAAGAGGAGGACAAAUCGAUAAAGAAACCAGUUGACAAGGAGGAAAUUAGUCAUGAACUCGAACAAGAUCAGGCAACUGAAAAUAGGCAGCAAGUGGGUGAGUCAGUGAAGAAACCAGUUGAUAAGAAAAAAUGUGGCCAAGAACUCGGAGUUGAUCACACCACUGGAAGUAAACAGGAAGAGGAGGACAAAUUGGGAAAGAAAACAGUUGACAAGAAGGAAAUUAGUCAAGAACUCGGACAAAAUCAGACAAAUGAAAAUAAACAGCAAGAGGGUAAGUCAGUAAAGAAACCAGUUGACAAGGAAAAAAGUGAUCAGGAACUCAGACCAGAUCAGAUCAGUGAAAAUAAACGGGAAGAGGCGGCCAAGUCAAUAGAGAGACCCCUUGAUGAGGAAGAAGGUAGUGAAGCACUCAGACCAGAUCAGGUUACUGAAAAUAAACAAGUAGUAGUUAAGUCAGUAAAGGAACCAGUUGAUAAGAAGCAAGGUGACCGAGAAUUCAGACCAGAUGAGAUUACUGAAAAUAAAAUAGAAGAGCAGAAGUCAGGAAAGGAACCAACUUACAAGAACAAAGGUGACCAGAAACUCAGAUCAGAUCAUACUACUGAAAAUAAACAGGAGGAAGAGGAGAAAUCGAGAAAGAAAUCAGUCGACAAGGAGGAAGAUAGUCAAGAAGCCAGACCUGAUCAGGCUGCUGUGAAUAAACCGCAAGAGGAAAAGUCAGUAAAAAAACCAGUAGACAAGAAAAAAGGUGACCGAGAACUCAGACCAGGUCAGACCACCGAAAACAAACAGGAUGAGCAGGAAAAAUUGAGAAAGAGACCAAUUCACAAGGCGGAAUUUAGUCAAGAGCUCAGUCAAAGUGAUGCUAUUGAAAAUAGACUGGAAGAGAAUAAAAAAGUAAAGAAACAGCUUGGCAGGAAAAAAGGUGAACAGGAGCUUGGACCAGAUCAGACCACAGAAAAGAAGCGAGAAGAGGAGAACAAAUCGGGAAAGAAACCAGUUGAAAAGAAGGAAGGUAGUCAAGAAUUCAGACAAUAUCAGGCUACUGAAAAUAAACAGGAAGAAGCAAAGUCAGUAAAAAAACCACUUGACAGGAAAAAAGGUGACCAAGAAAUUGGACCACAUCAAGCUACUGAAAAUAAACAAGAGGAGGAAGAGAAAAUGAAAAAGAAAGCAGUUGACAAGAAGGAAGUUAGUCAAGAAUUAAGACGAGAUCAGGCUACUGAAAAUGAACAUGAGGAGAACAAGUCACCUAAGAAACCACUUGAAGGGAAAAGAGGUGACCGUAAACUCAGACCAGAUCAGACCACUGAAUACGUACAGGAAGAGGCCAACGAAUCAGGAAAGAAACUGGUUGACAAGAAGGAAAUUAGUCAAGAACUCGAACAAGAUCAGGCUACUGAAAAGAGACAGAAAGAGGAUAAGUCAGGAAAGAAACGAGUUGACAAGAAAAAUGAUGACCAAGAACUAAUACCAGAUGAGAGCAAUGAGAAUAAACAGGAAGAGGAGGACAAAUUAAUAAAGAAAUCAGUUGACAAAAAGAAAGUUGGUCAAAAACUCAGACGGGAUCAGGUUACUGAAAACAAACAGGAAGAAGAUAUGUCAGGAAAGAAACCAAUUGACAAGAAGGAAAAUGCCCGAGACUUUGUAUUAGAUAAGGCUGCUGAAAAUAAAAAAGCUGCUGCAGACAGUCAUGCAUCUCUGAGUAGUCAAAAAGAAGGGGAGGGUAAGUCAGCGAAAAAACCUCAUGACAAGGAAGAAAUUGCUCGAGAACUUGAACCAGCUCAGUCUGUCAAAAUUAAAAAAUCCACUGGAGAUAUUGAUGUAUCUUUGGAUAGUUCACAGGAAGUGGGGACACCUGCGAUUUCUCUCAGCAAAACUGAAUCUCACGAUGCGAAAAGUAAGUCCGUGAAAACAAUUCCUGCAAAAGAUGUGGAAAUCAAAGAGCAGGGAAAGGAACUUAUUAUUGAGACAGACAAACAGGAUGCUGCUGUGGAAUCUGAUGGCAAUAUCUCCACUUCUGUUUCAAAGGUCAGUGUUCCAGAAGUCCAGGCACUUGAAAAAUCUGAAACUGGGCGGAGCCCUUCACCGACAAAAUCAUCUCUAAAACGUAGAAGAGAUAGAUCUCACAGUGAACCGAUAGACAAGGAUAGUAAAGGUGAUGAUGAGAAGCCAAGUGCAAAACUGUUGAAGACAGACAGUUCAGCAUCACAAGAGAAAAUAAUCUUGAGAGUGAGAACGCAAAGUCUCUCUUCUGACGGAGACAGCAGAAAAUCACCCAUGGACCCAGCCACAUAUUCUCCAAAAUCUGCAGCAAGUACAGGGAACAAAAGUGCCGAAGAACCUACAGUUCCGAAGCUGACAAUAAAAAUACCGAAAGCCGACGAUACUGUGGCAAGUCUGAAAACGGAGAAGUCCGAAAGGAGCAGUCCGAAACAUCAAAAACAGGUGGAUCUGGAAACUGUUCAUAGUGAGCUAUCUGCUGAAGAAAGUAAGAGAGGGAAAGUAGCGUUAAAGAUAAGUAUACCAGCAGAAAAACCAUCUGAAGAAUGCAGGCAGUCACCAAAAUUAGAGAAACUAACCAUUAAGAUACCUAAGCAAGGAGAAGGAAAACAUUCUGAACCGUAUAUUGACUCACCCAGGUCAAGAGAGGAAGGGAGGGUGGAAAAAUUGACACUGAAAAAGGUGAAAGGUCACUUUUCACCUGUUACAAAAGAUGAUAGUCUGCAAGGAGAAUCUAAAACUGAAAAAUUUCACAAAAAAGUGCCAAAAAGUGAUGGGGCCAGUGUAUCAUUUGCAGAGGAAGAGAAUAAGGAAGUGGGAACUAAUGAUGGCGGACUGCUGCUACAAAUUGCGAAAGUAGCAGAUGUAAAGCAGAUGAGUAGUAAUCUUCCAGAAGCAUCAGUUGAGGGAGAACCGAAGGUGGAAAAGUUAACACCGAAAGUAACGACUGAGGCAAAAAUGUUGGAAGCUACCAGUACUGAUGCUACUGCAAAAGAAAUAGUUAAAACAGAAAAAGUAAUUACAAAACCCUUGAAGUCAGCUGAUAGCAUAGCAAUUGAAGCAACAGCAGAAACUGAAGAACCCCAAGUAGACAAAUCCUCAUCAAAAACAAGAAAAGCAGCACAAGCAUGUCCCACAGUUUUGGCAACAGAGACAAAAGACGAUGAAAUUGCAAUAGAAAAACCCUCGCAAAAAAUGUUGAAACAGAGAGAAACCUCUGCAUCUCCUGCAGCAGAAAUUGAAGAAGGAAGGAAAAUGGAGAAAUUGACUCUGAAGUUUUCUAAAGACUUGGAAAGCAAGAGCAGCUUUAGAGUUUCCUCUCCUGUUCCAAAGGAAGAUGGAGGGAAAAUUGAGAAACUCUCACCAAAAGUGACAAGAGCAUCAGAGACAAGUGCGACUUCUAGUGCUCAGAAGCGGCAUGAGACUGAAGUGCAGCACGGAAAUUCUGAUAAGAAUAAGCGUCCAAAAUUACAGACGCACAGUGAAGCUACAAUGGUUAAAGACUCUGAAAGACAAGAAGAAAUGCAUGUUGAGAAUUUACCAUUAAAAGGUAGAGGAGCCUCUGGGACAAGUACUGUCAAAGGCAAACACCCACUGGUGCAAAAGGACUCUCCUAAGAAGGAAAAUGUCACUGCUCGUCCGGCAUCGCCACAUAAGGUGAAGGACAAACAUAGAAAAUUGAGUACAGAAGCUGAAACUACUGGAGAUGACAAAGGAAUGAAGUUGGUGUCGGCUGCUGUAAAAAUAGAGGAAUCAGUUACAGAAAUUUCUGUGGCAACUUCAUCUUCCAAAGAAUAUGAAGAACGUGAAGAAACUUCAGAAAAGCUGCCUACAAAUUUGGAAGCACCAGUUGAAGAAAGUGGAAAGCACGAGGUCUCAUCAUUCGAGGAAAUUGGAGGAGGAAAUCGAGAGGACACGAGGGAGCCAGAUCUUUUGACACUGAUUUCUAAACAAGAAUCUGAACAUACCCUAAUGUCACAGUUACCGGUGAUAAUAGAUGUCAGAAGUGAACAGGAAACGGGAUCACUGUCAUCUGUCGAUGACGUGCAAAGUAUUGGAAGACUCUCAGAUUCACAAGAUUUUGAUGUCAUAGAAUCUGAAGAAGUCGUACGAGGCACAAACAAACAGAAGGGAACAGAAGUUUCAGAAACAAAAGAGCGCCAGGGCUCCAGAGCCGGCGUAAGUGACAGCCAUGUACACGAAUCGUCAGCCCGCAAGAGAAGUGUGUCACCUCUGCAGUCUAUCCUCAAAGAAGCACUUGCAAGAGAACAACCUGUUACAUCGGUAGCUCAUUCUGAACGAUCUAAAGCUUCCCUUGUGAAGGGUGAAAAAGUAAGUACUUCUUCCUCAGAAAGAAAAGUGGCAAAGGAACAGGUUCCAGCUAAAGGGGCAAAGAUGGCAGGAGAAGUCAGUAAAUCGGUGCAUGUCAGCAGUGCAGCUAGCCGUGAAAUAAAGAGUGGUGAUGGCACACAAUCUAAACUGGAAAUUUUCGAAGUUAAGAGUGGAGCGCUCCAUAGUCGAGAUAGGGUAGCUGCCAGACAGAAACGGGCAAGCUCAGGUGAGCAGAUACUAGAGCGGGAAGUGAGAGUGCAAAAGCUUAACCCGAAGCAAAAAGCUCUUCUGUCUCCAAAGCAGAAGCAGAGUGCUUCAGCAAUGGAACUCGGUGACUCUACAUCCUCGAGAGCUGAACACUCCAGCAAUCUUGAGAAAAUGGCACCAAGACUGCCGACGGCGGAUAUACCCAAGUUGCUGAAGAUACCAGGAAGACAGAAGAGACUCACCGGUUCUUUGUUGUCAUCACCACCGCCAGCAAACCAGAAUCAGCAAUCUACUGUGAAAGUGAUAGAACUGGGUGAUAUCGAUGACAGUGAGUCACCAUCGACCAGGAAAAAGAGAGAGUCUGAUCUGGAGAGUAUAGAAACCGCACGCACAACCACUCCUAUAGCCAGGAAGCUCUCGCGCUCGUCUAGGUCCUCUGUCGAAUCUGUUGAAGACACCUCUCCUAGUAAGAAGUUGCGCCUGGAAACAGAAGCAGGCUCACCGCCUCCCGCCAGCUCAGCUCCCCACAAACGACAGUCCCUGUCGCCGGCAGCAGCACAUGUGCCUGUGAAGAGGCAGCGGGGAUCCUCCGGACCUUCUGGCGACACUCCAGACGAGCCCCUGGAAGUGGUCCCUCCUGCUGCAGGUGUGGAACGCCUCCGUGCUGUACUGGGUCCUGACAUGUCUAUCAGUCUGGCGGGCCAUAGGACACCCACGCACGACGAGUCCUCCGGUGCUUCGUCUGAGGAUGUACAGAUAAUAGAGGUGGUGGAAAGGCAGCCGCUCAAACCACCCCAACCGCCCCCAGUUGAUGCCUUUGAUGACAAUAGCUCACAGGAUGUGAUCAUUGUCGAAGAGGUGGGCACACCAAUGCCACCAGCUCGUAUGCCAGAAAUGCCGACACGUGGUGGUAAGAGAAUGAGAGGCCGACCUCGGCGAAUGAGUGUGCAGCCCACGAGCCCUGUCUCGCGCCACCACGAGGAGCCGGUGCUGCCACCUGCCCAGCAAGUCCCAGAUCCCGGCUUGACGGCCUCCGGAAGGCCAAAAAGGUCGUGCCGUGGCCGUGAGCUUCCUUUCGUCGAAAAGAAGAAGACCCGUGCUAGAGGUGGCGGUCGCAGACGCAGAGGUGACACACUCACAGAUCAUCGUCCAGGUGGUCUGUCUGAGUUUGCACGCAGCUUCUCUGGGUCUCUCUCUCCAACCAGCAUCUCUGGUGCUAUUCCACACGAAAUGUUACCACAGCCGGCGAAGAAGAGCUUCACGUUGGGUGACAAGUCUCCUUCCGGGCUAUCCAGGUCGGGUGCUAUUCCACAAGAAACGUUGCCGGAGCCGGUGAAGAAGAGCUUUGCAUUAGGCGAGAAGUCUCCUCCCACACUACCCAGGUCCAGUGCUAUUGCACGUGAAGCGUUACCAGAGCCGGGGAAGAAGAGCUUUGCAUUGGGCGAGAAGUCACCUCCUGCGCUACUCAGGUCGCCUCCUGGCCUGCAGUCUCCUCCGAGGGUGAAGUCCCCUGAACCCAAGUCACCCCCAUCGAAGCACCAGAAGGCAGGGCCAGGAAAGAAGUCCGCCGCCACUGCUAGGCGAGCGUCACUGGUGGCUGCAGAAAAGGAGCCACUACCAGCAGAUUCCAAGGCAGUCACUGAAACGACUCGAAGAAGGUCAACAGAGACGAGGGAAAUGCAGCCUGCGGACAGAGAGCCGACUGCAGCAACUCCAGAUGUGAUCGUCGAACCUCGCACCCCUGAGCCUACUGUUGAACCUACGGCAACUGCACAGAGUGUAUCUCUUGUACCAUCAGGACCACCAUCACCGAUGCAGGCUCCACCAAUGGCAAGCGAGCCUCCAUCACCGUGUCCUGCUCCGAGUACAGUGCAGGUGUUCGAAGAAGAGACGCGCAUGAGUGCCGAGGGUGCAGUAGUUGGGAGAAUGGCAGAGCCUGAGAGUGCAGAAGGCAGUCGGGCUCAGUCUCCGGUGCAGAUCCCUGACAAGAUCCCUGUGGCCAAGACACCAGGUGCCGAAGGAGUUGGUGAAGAAUCUCAGGGCAGUGUGAUCAGCACAGCGACAACUGAAAGUGUGAAAAAGAAGAAUCGUAUGGAGGUGUGUGACGCAGAAAUCAAGGUGUUCACAGUGGAUCAGAUAGCGGAGUACCAGUGGCCAGAAAAGUCUGGCGAUCACUUGAUGAUUCAAGAGCAAAUCUCCGAGUACCUCGGUAUAAAGUCAUUCAAGCGAAAAUAUCCUGACCUUCAGCGACGUCCCAUAGAUGCCGAAGAGAAGACCUACCUUCGUGACAAAGGGCUUGUCUCCGAAAACAUGUGUGACAUGGGUCUAACUGCAGUACUCUCGUCAGAAGUGUUGGAUAUCAUGUACACAGAUUUCCAGGACAAGUACGAAGAGUAUCGCCGAUAUCUUCGCGAUCGCCAGGCAAAGGAACUUAGCUCUAGGCAGAAAGCAAUGUCCUCUCUUGUAGGUACCGGGAAUCGGCAGCAGGACACCAAGGAGAAAGCUGUCCAGUCUGCAGCUGAAUGGAAUGCCACAUUCAAUCGUGGUCGCCGCGACCAGCGCCGUUGCUGCUUUGAUCUGCAGACGUUCACCAUCCACUACCCGCAUAAUCGUGCAGUGAAAAUGGUUCCGAAAGAUGUUCCCAAAAUUGGAUAUUACCCAGUUGCGCUCAUUCCUGGACAGUAUACUGAUUAUUAUAAGAGCUAUACACCUGCGGAGCUCCGCUACUUCCCUCUCAACACGGUGCUGUACGGUCCGCUGAAGCCCAACGAACGACACCAGGAGCCUCUGCCAGGCUCUGGCGGUGGCGGCUCAGAUGGGAGCCAGUCCGAUUCCGACGAUUCCAGCUCCUCUUCAGAUUCGAGUAGCAGCUCUUCGAGUGACGGGAGCCAGGAUUCGGACGACAGUGGAUCUGAAGCUGGUGAUGUGGUAGACCGAACGGACGAUAAGAAGCCUGCGGUGUCGGACGAUAAUGCAGGCGGCGGCACGCCUACAGUCAACGGGACCGUCAUCAAGGUCGAAGAUGCGGCAGAGCUGAGGGACGCGACUGCCCGGUGCAAAGUGUGUGGCGGCGACCGCAACCGCAAUAUCAAGACGGGCCGGCCGGAGCCUCUGGUCCACUGUGCGAGCUGCACACAGAGCGGUCACACGACCUGCCUCAACCUCACCGUGGACAUGGUGCCUCACAUUCGUCGCUACGACUGGCAGUGCACCGACUGCAAGAUAUGCAUCCAGUGCAAGGACCCUGCCGAUGAGGAUAAGAUGCUCUUCUGUGACAUGUGCGACCGUGGGUAUCACAUUUACUGUGUGGGGCUACGGCGUGUGCCGAGUGGACGCUGGCAUUGCAAGGAGUGCUCCAUCUGUGGCUCUUGUGGAGCGCUGACUCCUGCUGGCAAUGUUGACCCGACUACCACAAACAACGGCUCCAGUGCUUCUGUAAUAGUGAACCCACAGUGGCAGCACGAGUACAAGAAAGGAGAGAAAGGCACUAGAGUCUAUGCUCAGACACUUUGUGUCCCAUGCUCCAAGCUGUGGCACAAGGGACGUUACUGCCAGCUGUGUUGCCGCUGCUUCAACAACCGCCCGGAGGAGGAGCCGGGGCUCAUCUGCUGCUCCGUCUGCCAGAAGUGGAUGCACGCUGAGUGCUGUAAUGUAGUGCCCCGUGAAGCGAGCCGCAUCACGAGUUUCCUGUGCGAGAUGUGCCAGGAGAAAGGCCAUGCGGGACGUGCCCGCUCCCCGUCGCUCGUCAAGAUUCCCCACCCGGGACAGCCAUCCUCGGGGCCGGCCCUCUUGCUGGCAGCACCUCUGCGAGCCUGCUGAUAGGUAGAGGACAGUGUCGUAUCUCCUAGAGGCACUAGUUUACCUGAAUGUGGAGUGCCACGGCAUCCAUCUGUAUGACCAGGUCUUUGUAUCUUGCCAUGAGAUGCUACGCUGUAGCGAAUGUCACUUUCUUUUUUGUUGUGUGUGCAGAACAAGUGUACUGCCAUCUGAUUUAAGAAAAUGCCUACAAGCUUUAGCCCAGUUUUCUCAUCUGUUCUGUAAAAUGUUUUUUCUAUAAGAGUGCUAGCCACUGCCCAUCCUGUACUCAAAUUCUGGUCAGUUCUGAACUGUAUGAUUACUUAUCUCUGCAAGAGUGAUUAUUGCUGAGGAUUAUAAUUUUUCACUGUUGAGCAGUAUUUUUUAGUGUCCAAUGCUGGAAAGGUGACUGAAUUUAGAAUGUAAAGUUGGAGUUGUACAUCACUCGAAUGUAAACUCCAGAUGAUUUUGAACAAGUUUCUGUGGUAAUUAUAUGUUAAUGUGUAGCACCUUUUGAAAGCAGAGAGAGAGAGAGAGAGAGAGAGAGAGAGAGAGCUGUGUGUGUGUGUGUGUGUGUGUGUGUGAGAGAGAGAGAGAGAGAGAGAGAGAGAGAGAAUGCAUGCAUACAUGUGUGUGCACAGGUGCAAAGGGAAAGUACAGAGCCUAUACUGUUAUCUGCAGACUUAGAACUUAAUAUAAAUUUAGUAUGUUUAUCUUUCAUGAUAUAAUGAAUUGAUAUGUGAAUUGAGUUAAUGUGUGUUGUUUAUACGUUAUUAAAUUUUGAUAUGAAGUCUGAAUCACAUUUAUAUUGCUUAGCCAAUCUCAUGCUUUCUCUCAGUGGUAUGUCAGAAAUGUUUGGAUAGUGUAUAACUUUUAAAGCAAUUUUCAUUUCAGUUAUUGAAAUGUCCUAUUGUUCCUCUAUACAGAUUUUUAUCAUGCUCCUGCUGAGGGAAAUUCACCAAUAUUUACUACUGUAUAAAUUCUGUUAUUAAAAUAAGAAAU